AUGCCCGCCAUCGGCCUCGACGGCAGGCAGGUCGGCUGGGUGGUCGAGGACUGCGAGGUGAUGCUCGCCAUCGGCCUCGACGGCAAGACGUUCGAGUGCGGCGUCGCCUACGAGGACGUCUGCGAGAGCAGGGCCGUCUCCCUGCUCUGCUGGAUGGCGUUGCUGGCGAGCCUCGUCGCUGCUGUCUUCGUGGCGCGCGAGGUGCGUGUACAAUGUAACGUGUUCUGCCUCGGGAGCGAGCGCGGCGUGGUCUUCGACCUCGAGGGCGCCUUCGAGGGCCUCGGUGUGGCAUGCGGUGCCGCAUCGGUGCAGCGAGGCGUAGUCGUGGAGACGGUGGUAAUCAACGUGGUCCACCCUGAGAGCGUGGUCGAGGAGCAGGAGGUGACUCCCCUCGUCGUAGCGGCGGGGCGCGUGCAGAGCGUCGACGAGGAGGGCCAUGAGGUCGCAGGCGUGCUCGGCGACACGGAGGCGGGCGCGUUGGAGCUGCUGCCCAGCGUCCCACCCUUCCCGAAGCUGGUGGCCGUGCAGGUGCAGGUGGGAGGGUUGGCCUGCGAGGCCGUGCCCGUGCAGCUGGGCGUGGGCGCGAGGCAGGUGCUGGAGUCGUCGUUUGUGGAGGCGGAUUGCGACGCUGGCGGGAGAGCCACGGCUGCGGCUGCUGCGUGGUCGUCGCAGUGCUCGUCGUGGGGCUCGCAGCGGUCGCGCUGGGCCGACACCGUGGACGACGCCGACAACGAGGCCUGCGAGGUCGAAGUCGGUGCGUCGACCCUUGGCUUCACCGUCGAGGCGAGCAUCUGGGACAAGGUCUUCCUGGACAGCAAG